AUGGCCACGGCCAAGCCCGGCAACUUCUCGUGGGUGGCACCGGGGCGCCUGGCCGGGCUGGCCAUGCCGCGCGAGCCGGGGCACUACCAGUUCCUGCUGGGCCAGGGCGUGCGGCACCUGGUGUCGCUGACGGAGCGGGCGCCCCCGCACCACGACUGCUGCCCCCAGCUGCAGCUGCACCGGCUCCGCGUGCCCGACUUCUGCCCGCCCACGCAGGAGCAGAUCCAGAGCUUCCUGAGCCUCGUGGAGGAGGCCAACGGCAAGGGGGAGGCCGUGGCAGUGCACUGCUUGCUGGGGAACGGCCGCACAGGCACCAUGCUGGCCUGUUACCUUGUGAAGACCCAGAAGCUGAGCGGGAUUGAUGCCAUCCAAGAGAUCCGGAGGCUCCGGCCGGGGGCUAUCGAGACCCAUGAGCAGGAGAAAGCCGUGAUCCAGUUCUACCAGCGCACCAAGUAGGGGCAGCCCUGUGUCCACGUCUCCCACCGCCGCGCCGCACUGGGACCAUGGCCAUGGGUCUUUUGUGUUGGAUGCAGCAAGCAGGAGGGACAGUAUCGGUGGGAUCUGCCCCACCACAGGGCUGGCAAGGAGGAAGAGGAGGCCCAAGAGUCACCGUCGCCCCUGAGGCAGCGCGUGCUGGGCGGAGAUGGGUAGAGAUGGUCAUUCUGUCAAGCCGAAAAUGGAAGGGGAGCCUUUUCCAGCUUGGAGAGGCUGCUCUGUCCUGUCCGUCAUUAAAGGACCCUCCUGUGCC